AUGAACCCAUUCGGAAGCACGUCCGACGCGAACAUUAGCGGCGAUCUCAAGGAUCGAAAGAGGAGAACGUCCGAGGAAACCGCAGAUGCCAUUCAGUCGUUGGCGAAGGCAUUGCGGUUAGAAGCUGAAGCAGACGCUAGCACAUCAUCUGAUGAACUACGUAUUACUAGCUGUGCGUUGCAACUUUUCGCAAGGAAAUAUACAGUAAAUCACAUCAAUGCCACUGAGAUCACAGCAAAUAAAAAUUCAGCAGCAGUGGAUCCGACAAUCUCUAAUGACCAUCCUAUGAAACAAAUUGUUGAGCAGUCAGAUAAGGAGAUGUCUGUUAAGGAAGCACUUGCCAAGGGGUUCCGGAAUUAUAAGGUUCGCUUGCCUAAGAGAAAGCUUCAGUACGACCCAGAUCCUGCUAUUGAUACUUCGGUACUGUAUUCUCUCUUCGCAAACGAUGCUGUUGACGAGAAUCACAAAGAUGCAGAGCUGACGUGUCAACAUUCAACGCUAAAGAGUAAUCACGGUUUGAAAUCCUAUUCUGACAACGUGGUGGACAAUGAGAAGCAAGAGGAGCAAAAAGAAUCGAAAAUAUUGUUGAUCUUUAGUGUUUCUGUUGUCGAUGAAGUCGAUCGGAAGGCUUCCAUAUACGUGUUGCCACCAUUUUGGAGUCUUCCUCUCGUGGUUUCAAAAGGAUAUCGUGGAGGUUAUUAUAUACGUGGAGUGAAAUAUGUGCAAAUGACGACGUUGAUGCAAAGCGGCACUCUUGUGGUCUCUCUAUAUGUUCCAAUUCGAUUUGAAUAUGAUGGUCAAAUCGUGAAAUUUACGCUCAGUGACAUUCUUCUCGCCAAUGGUAUUGCCAUCAAUGAUCCCACUAAUUGCGUCGAAUUGAUAAAAGUCUUUACCACAAGCGUUCUUCUUCUUCACCACUUAAUUGCUGAGCAUCUUCUUUGCAACUGUGGUCCUAAUCCUCUAAAUCCAAACGCGACCAUAAAGCUCGAUUAUGAAGCAAUUCCAAUCACUGCUGAGCUACCUCCACUAGCAUGUCACAAGUCGGAGUAUUUUGAGCUGGCUUUGAAUGCUUCUUAUGGACCGAAUGAGCUCUUCCAUCCAUACAGAAUAGAAUCGAUUAUACUAAACCGUGCUGAAGUGAUUCGUGAUCAAACGGCAGCCCUAAUGGCUGAAACAGACGCAGACGAGGACCCAGAACGUAGCUUCAGUGGCACAAGGAAAAAGAACAAGGUGCGGAGGACGUCGUUUGUAGGUCUAAAUAUUCUGAUGUGGCGAUUUUUCAAAGACUGUCGUGAUAAUGGUAUCGUGCUGAACGGUAAAUUGCUCAAAGAGCAUGCUAUGAUGAUCGCAAGGCAACUGGGUCUCGAAAAUUUCAAAGGAUCUGAAGGAUGGCUAGAUGCUUUUAAAAGGCGUCACCGUAUUGACCUGAAGGUGAUGUCUGGUGUGCCAGUGCAUUAUGAGGAAACAGAUGAAGACAGGAUGGAGGAUAUUCAUGAUGAGGGGGACUUUAAACCAAGUAUAACGGCAGCACUACUGGAGUGUGUCGAGAAAGCGACAUCAUCGAAAUCGCCUGCACCAGUGGCGGUGGCGAGCGUCUCGAACACUGGACCUCUCAAUUUGGCAAGCCUUUUGGGUAGUGGUGAUGGGUCAAUUGCUGAUAAUUUGUCUGAUGUCGCUGCUAUAGCAGAUGCGACGUCUUCUGCACACGUUUCACCUACUGGAUUACACCCUCAUUGUCAAGUUGCACCCUCAUUGCCUUCGGAUGAAAAAGGUUUCAUUGCUGCUGUGGUGAAGAGCGCGGCGAUUCGUGUGCACGACAAAGAGUUAUCGUCAUCUCUUGAAACGAUUCGAAGCUACAUCCUUAGCAAUGAUGCGUCUAUUAUGCCGCUGUUCCUGGAACUUCAGUUGAAGCUGGCCGCUGUCAGUUGCCUUUGA